UAAUAAUAUAGAAAUGUCAAAUUACAUUUUGGGGAAUAUAUUUAUGUGAUGUAGACAAUUUAUUCUGAAAAAAUAAUCCCCGGAAAUAGUCUCGUAUUUCCGGCUGCCGGCAGCUUUCUGUGGCUCGGUUAGCUUCUUCUUUCUGCCUGUUUUUAGCCUUUUUUAGUUAAAAAUGGGGGAGGCAGAUGUGACCCUAAAUCAGACCGACGAGAAGCCACCGGACUCGGGCCUGGUCACCGGGGACGACUCGGUAGUGUGGAGCCACGAGGUGGAGGUCUGUCUGUUUCACGCGAUGAUCGGACACAAACCUGUCGGAGUGAACCGUCACUUCCACAUGAUCUGCAUCAGAGAUAAGUUCAGUCAGAACAUCGGGAGGCAGGUCUCCUCCUCCGUCAUCUGGGAUCAUCUGGGAACCAUGUACGACAUGCAGGCUCUG